AUGAACCCCACUGCAGGAAACGGAGGCCGAUUCUUCUAUCGUUACUAUUUCAAUGUAUGCGAUCAUCAUGAUUGUCAGAAUGGAACUUGUGGGGCAGAUAAGACCAGUGCACGUGGUUACAGAUGUAACUGUGUUGAAAGUUAUGGAGGGGAGAAUUGUGAAGUCCGCGUUUGUGACAGUCAUGUCUGUAUGAAUGGAGGCUUGUGUGAAGCAGACCAGACCAGCGCCCGGGGUUACAAGUGUAACUGUUUUUACGGUUAUGUUGGAGACAGUUGUGAAGUUCUCGCAAUAGACUGUAAGGUGUAUCGUGACAUUGGUUACACUGAGUCAGGUGUGUACAGUAUUUAUCCCUUUGGACCUAGCUCUGAGUCUGUAAGAACCUAUUGUGAUAUGGAGACCUUGGACGGAGGCUGGACAGCAAUCCAAAAUCGAAUAAACGAAUCAGUGAGCUUUGAGCGGAACUGGGCAGAUUAUAGGAUUGGCUUCGGUGGACCGGAACACAGUUUUUGGAUUGGAAACGACGCGAUCCACCAAUUAACAAAGGGAAAUGACUCGUCAUUGUAUGUUACCAUCAAACUAAGGGAUGGCCGAACGCUGUAUGAAUUGUACGAUCGUUUCCUUGUUUCCAGUGAAACAGAGAAUUAUCAACUCUUCUUAGGAGGACCUGCCUCAGGAACACUAGGUGACGGUAUGCUACAUACACAAGAUAAUAUAUUUGAUCUUUCUGGAAUGUACUUUAGUACAUUUGACAAGGACAACGACAGGAGCGGAUCUAACUGUGCCGAGUUUUAUAGGGGCGGAUGGUGGUUUAACGCAUGCUUUAAUGCAUUCCUUAACGGUCCUUGGGCUAUGGAGGACUGGGCCUAUCCCUGGUUCCCAACAGUUCUUUCUGGAGAGGACGUGAUGGAGACCAGAAUGAUGGUUAAGAGACUCUAA